CAAAAAUCCACCCUCGCCGCAGAUCCGGCGCACCCGCGAGCCCUUUCAUCUAUUCUCCAUCAUUACCUCCUCUCCCACGCCAUUCUUUUUGUCCGAAUUUCACAUUGUUUGCUUGUUCCCUAUCGAAUCUACGAAGAUGGGGAUCUCGGCGCAUCUCCAGCGCCUAGGAAGGCCCAAGCGCUUCCUUUACACAAUGACUCUCUCGACCGGCGCCUCUUUGAUCACUCUGUCGCUCUUGAUCAACAAACUCGCCGGGUUUUACGGCAUUCUCGCACUGUUCACCGGCUACCACCUCUCGGGCUUCCAAUUGAGCAUGUACAUCUACAGUGUGUUGGGAUUGUGCUUGACAGCGUACCUGGCGCCACAUAUUCGAAAACAAUCUCCUCUUCAAUGUCUGGCGCUGGCGUGGUUCUAUGUGCUUGAUAGCGUGGUCAACGCUGCGUAUACAGCGGCCUUUGCGGUGACGUGGUUCCUUGUGCUUGUGCAGCAUGACGGAAAGACUGGUGGCAGCGCGAAAGGGCCAGGUCAGGGCAUGAUGGACGAUACUUCUGGAUUUACGAGCCCGGAGAAGAAUGUGAGCCGCGUGGAAGUCGUCGCGACGCCGGCGUCGGGCGUUGCAGCGGGACAGGAUGCGGUCGCCGCCGGCGUGCCUGCGAACAGCCCCGCGGGAAGUGGGAUCGGCGAUGGAGUUUUGGGCACGGAGAGUAUGAAUUCCAUUGGAAUUAUUGUCAUGUUAUGGACCGUCCGGGCCUACUUUUGCUUGAUCAUGCUGGCUUGGGCCAGAACGGUCAUUAGGCAACACAUCGCCAGCAGUGCUUCGGAUGGAGGGAAGAACGGACAAUGGGGUUUAGGUGCCGAUGGAAUGGCGGAAAACCCGUUCGCAGAAAGUAAGCCUGAGGGUCGGGGAUGGACAGGCAAACUUGGGCGUGCAAUGGUAAGUGUGGGUCGACGAUAUUGGUUGGGCAGUGAUGAGGACGACAGUUGGAUGUACGGUAUGAAGUUCAGGAAGAGCACUGAAUUUGGGACUAUGUUGAAUAAGAUUGAGAGUCCAAAUGGUGCCGGGGCUGGGUUGGCGGAGCGUGAGAGGAGGAGGAGAGCUGGCACCGGACCGCCCUUGCCGCAGGCCGGUGUGCAGGCCGGUGUGCAGGCGAAGGAGAGUGAUGGGACGACGUUGCAGGUUCCAGCCCAGAAUGUGUGAGUGGGUGGAAUGAGGUGGGGGGUGUGAAAGGAACGCGAACCAGAGAUUUUGGAGAGCACACAGGGAUGAAUAAUGGUCGUCACCGGCUGCUGGAGAGGAUUCCCUGCAGAUCGCUGUGGACGGUGAGCUGCUGCUCCGGCAGAGGCAACGCGAGGAGCCCCGAGAGGCUGUGAGCAAACAGGAUUUGAAGGUGUCCAGCACGACCUGUGGUCAUGCUUUGGGACUGAAAGGGAGUGCGGUGGACGCGACGUACAAAGCAGGUGUAUGUAUCUCUAUACGAUGGGCAUAGCAUGGUAUGCGGAGUCAGGUUUCUGGUACUCGUACAUCUAUCUACCUAAUGAGCACACAAUGGAAGCGAGAGGCAUCAAUGAUAAGGAUAAGAACAAACA